AUGCACUACAUAUUUCGUGAGCCAGGAGUCUGUCAUUUGACCCUAGAAGCUGAUUUAUCUGAUGUGAACGGUACCCCACUUGUCUCCCAGUUGAUCAAGGAGAACAAUCCAGAAUUUGCAAAGGAAAUCAGAGAGAAGGCUGAGUCGAAAGGAGAAGAACUACCAGAUGAGAAGGCCUUUGAUAGUAAUUACAUUACGCCAGGCGCUCCUUUCACGGUCAGGCUAUCCCGCGCAGCCAUGAUACUUUUGUCAACAAGAAGAUUACCGAAGAUACUAAUUGGCGUGGCGUGCAAGCUGUAUUAUCCGGUCAUGAAGCACCGGGUGAAGGUGAACACAAGAUCAUGGAAUACAUUCGACCACCGAGAGCCUGAUUAUAACCCGAACGUGCGGCAUUGUUUGUACGGUCCUGAUGCCGAUCUCAUCAUGCUUAGCCCUCUGAGUCAUGAUCCACACUUCUGUCUCUUGCGAGAGCAAGUAAAGUUCGGGCCUGCCGCGAAGAGGAAGGGUAACGUCAGCCUAGAGCGAGUCAUCGAUGACUUCAUUCUCCUGGCCGUCUUCGUCGGAAACGAUUUUCUACCUAAUCUUCCAGAUUUACACAUCCACGAGAACGGACCGGAACGCCUGUUUGAUGCGUACAAGAAAGUUUUCCCGUCGCUGGUUCUUACACGCUUUCAACGAGACAUUUCGAUCAAGUACAGCAGUUUGUCUUGCAAAAAUCGUCAGAGUACCGAACUGCAGCACUGGGUAACUUCAGUUCUUCUUCUAAUACAGCGUCUCACUAGUGGUAGAACAACAUCGCCGGGAAUGCAAACUUUUCAACUGUAUCUUCUCAACGUCAAACAUGCGACGACUCCACGUAUACGGUACCCUCGCGUCCAAACUUCCCGCCUAUCGUUGUCCUCCCAUGGCUACCUCGCUGCGCCGGAUGUCGAAUUGUUGGGGCCAUCAAGUAGGUCGCAACGUUUCCACUGCGAGAUUGUCGAGGCUCCACUAGACUUGACGCUUGGCGAUUGGGACUGGUUGACAGCCGCGCCGAACUCGGAAACAGUUUGGUCGACAGCUCAUCGACAACAUGAAAUUCAACAAACUAAUGACCUUGGACUUAGCGCCUCCACAUACAUUGACUUUGGAACGGGUUUGAACAGCGAGGUCGCGUUGGAUCUAACCAUUAACGUUUUUUCCAGGAGACCAUUUCAAUACCUUCAGUUGUUCCCGCAGGCUCACUUCGCAUGGGGCAAAUGGCUUGCGACUCAAAUAUUGUACUCCGGAGCAAGACUAAUGGAAGCCGAUUUUGGGGCUCUGACAGAGUUGGGAUCCGUAGACUCUGCAGUAAUGUCGCGAAUCUACUUCAUCAAAGCUCGUGUUAUGACUCACUCUGUAUCUUCUGAGACGCAGCCGUUUGUGAACAAGGCCUGCCUCCUGUACUGGGAGUCAAUAAUGCGACGCCGAAGAGCAAAAUGUUGA